AUGUCGAAAGGGAUUGUCACCGUACAAGCGAUUCAGCAAGAUCAGAUAACUCAGAUUGCCUGCCAGUACUGGGCACCUUACUCUAAAAAUCACCUUCCUUUUGAUGCUGAUGUAGUCAGUCGUAUAUAUUCGGAGCAGAUUUUCAUCGAUGGCGCUUAUGCAUCUAAAAAAAUCGUUAUGUUGGAAUUCAGCCAGUAUCUUGAGAGAUACCUUUGGCCAAAUUACGACCCCUCAACUGCUGAUGUUAAAUACCUUAUGUCGAUGGUUGUGAUGAUCAAUGAAAAAUUCCGUGAAAGGAUUUUAGCCUGGCGGUGCAUCUGUGAGCGGCCUGCUAAGUUUCCUGCAUUUUUUCGCUCUGUACUCAGGUUGGCCCUAGAAGAUACUGAACUUAGUACAGUGGAACAGUCGGCAAUAAUAACCUUUUUCGUUAAUUGCUGCAACUCAAUCGAAGUUGACGUAGUCCGCGAAGAAUUCGUAAAAAUAGUUUCGCUUUCGUCAUGGAUCAAUUUAUUACCGGUGCAGCGGGAUGACAUGUUUAACAGUUAUCCUAAAUUACGUAAAUAUUGGAAAAUUAUUGAAAAAAAAAGUGCCAGUAUGAAUGAAGAGCAGAGGAGGAAUUUUGAAUUCGAAAGGACGUUUGUGUGGAAGAUUUUACAAAAAUUCAAGGAAAAACUGAAUGAAAUUGACGAUGAGAACAAAGAAAUUGAUUUGGAUGAUAUACAUUACAUGGAACGUUGUUUGGAAUGGUUCAUAGACCUGGAGGCAUUACUUACUACGAGGCGUUUUUUUAAUGCGAUGUUGCGCUCUAGUCACCUUAUUGCUUACUGCACUCUUUCUUCUUUAAUAACUUCUGAAGUUGGAAGUUUGUUUUGUCAACUGGUGAGUAUGCUUCGGUUUUAUCAGCGCUUUGAAAUAGACGAUAUUAAUGGUGAAGCGUUGUCUGCGUCUGAGUUGCUGGAGGUUUUCGAAAAGUUUAGGGCUUUUGUAGCAGAUUUUUGUUCACUUUUCAGCGACACAAUGCGCGAAUUCUAUUCAGUCAAUGUUAAUGCCUGUGACUCGAGGAAAGCUUUAGUCAAACAGUUUGGGUCUAUGAGUGUGAAGGAUUUGCGUAAAUUUGCUGUAUGCUUGCAUCUUCUUAGUGAUGAAAAGAUUAUAGACGAUUCAGGUGAUAGUCAUGAUCAUUACUCUCACGAAUAUUUGACUGAAAUUAUUAUAUCUCACUGUGAAAGAAAUAUAAACCAACUACAGCAGCUCAACGAGCAGCCGUUGUAUCCGACUGAAAAAGUUAUUUGGGACGAAAAUUUAGUUCCAUAUGACGAGUAUUCUGGAGAAGGCGUGCUUGCUCUCAACAAGUUGAAUUUGCAGUUCUUAACGUUUCAUGAUUACUUGCUGAGGAACUUUAAUUUGUUUCAGAUGGAGUCCACAUAUGAAAUUCGGCAGGACAUUGAAGACGCUGUUUUCCGAAUGAAGCCUUGGGCCCAUGAAACCAACCCUAGAGAGAUUGUGUGGGGUGGGUGGGCUCGUAUGGCUACUCCUUUACACAGCUUUCAGAUAGUAGAAGUUGGGAAACCUCUUCUUGGAGAGAAGAGCCCUGCAGUAGUGAAGGCUGAUAUUUCGAUCACACUUCCAAGAAGAAACGAUCUUCGUUCCGAGUGGGAAGGUUUGAGGAAACAUGAUGUUUGUUUUCUACUUACCGUUCGUUCUGAGGCGCCGGUAGGAACAAAGUUCAAUCCAAGAAAACCAUUUAAGGAACAGAUCAAGAUUGGAUACGUGCGUGGUUGUGAAAUUGAGGGGAUGAUUGAUUCUAUGGGGAAUGUUAUUGAAGAAUAUGAAACAUACGAGAAAAAACCGCAAAUCGAGGGAGACAUUCGUACUUACAGGGUCUGGCUUGACCAAAAUCAGUACAGGAUUGAUAUGGCCGCACAUCAAGAUAAGGGAGCUGAAGAUGUAUAUUACACAUUCAAUUUAUUAAUUAGACGAGACCCCAAAACUAACAAUUUUAAAGCUGUUUUAUAUACUAUUCGACAACUGUUGAAUACUGAAUGUGUAGUUCCUGAUUGGUUGCACGACUUGAUAUUAGGUUAUGGCGACCCCAGUGCUGCGAAUUACAAAUCGUUGAGUAAUUCUGUACCAACGAUGGACUUUUGCGACACGUUCCUCUCUUAUGACCAUCUUGUAGCUUCAUUUCCAGAACACAAGAUUAUACCAUCCAACGGUACUCAAGAAUUGGCGCCACCUUUCAGGCUAACAUUUAAGGAACUAGAGCCGCAGCACGGAUUGGAAGAUGCUGAACAAGAUAAAUCGAUUGUCGUAGAGCCGUAUGUGGUCCCUAGUAGAGGACCAUAUCCACAUGUUGAACCACGUCGGAAUACUAUUUUAUUUACUCCUGCACAAGUAGAAGCUAUUAAGUCUGGUAUGCAGCCUGGUUUGACCAUGGUUGUUGGCCCUCCCGGAACUGGUAAAACUGACGUAGCUGUACAAAUUAUUUCUAAUAUUUACCACAACUGGCCGGAGCAGAGGACAUUGGUGGUGACACACUCCAAUCAGGCUUUAAAUUUGCUAUUUGAGAAAGUGAUAGCGCUUGAUGUAGAUGAGCGCCAUUUACUUCGGAUGGGGCAUGGUGAGGAAACGUUGGAGACAGAAAAAGACUUUAGUCGUUAUGGCCGUGUUAAUUAUGUUUUGAAACAACGUUUGGAUUUAUUGAAAGAGGUGUUUGCUCGUUGGGAAAAAUUUGAAAAUGACGUCAACAGCUUAUCGACUAGUGAAAAACAAAUUCCAGGAGUUGUAGGGAAAUAUUUUCCUUUUGGGAAGUAUUUCGAAGAUGCGCCGCAACCUCUCUUUAAGGGCACCUCCUUUGAAGACGAUUGGGAAGUUGCACAGGGAUGCUGGCGUUAUAUACGUGGCAUAUUUAAUCAACUGGAAGAGUUCCGUUCAUUUGAAUUGCUACGCUCUGGUCGGGACAGGGCUGAAUACCUACUUGUAAAAGAAGCUAAAAUAAUUGCCAUGACGUGCACACAUGCAGCACUGAGGAGGAAAGAUUUGGUAGAAUUGGGUUUCCGUUACGAUAAUAUUAUCAUGGAAGAAGCGGCUCAAAUUUUGGAAAACCCACAGGAUGGUAGAAGUCGCCUUAAAAGGUGGAUAAUGAUCGGAGAUCAUCACCAGCUACCUCCAGUCGUUCAAAAUAUGGCCUUUCAGAAGUACUCAAACAUGGAACAGAGUCUCUUUGCUCGUUUUGUACGACUCAGAGUUCCACAUGUUCAGCUUGACCGUCAAGGACGAGCGAGAGCAGAACUCGCUGCUCUUUACAACUGGCGUUAUAAGAAUCUUGGAAAUCUUCCCCACAUUCAAUCUUUUGAACAGUUUCAGCUUGUUAAUCCUGGUUUUAUGUUCAAUUACCAGCUUAUAGAUGUACCAGAUUUUAACGGGAUUGGGGAAACCACUCCAAGCCCUUAUUUUUACCAAAAUCUUGGAGAGGCAGAAUAUGCUGUUGCUUUGUAUACAUAUAUGAGGAUCUUGGGUUAUCCCUCAGAAAAAGUUUCUAUUUUAACUACAUAUAAUGGGCAAGCAUCAUUGCUUCGGGACGUUGUAGAAAAACGGUGCGCAAAUAACCCUCUCAUAGGGUCUCCGCAUAGGAUUUCUACAGUGGACAAAUAUCAAGGUCAACAGAAUGAUUAUGUAAUUCUUUCACUAGUGCGGACUAAGAAUAUAGGACAUAUACGGGAUGUAAGACGACUGGUGGUUGCACUUUCUCGGGCUAGGCUCGGUCUUUAUGUGUUAGCUAGAACCAGCCUUUAUCGCAAUUGCUUUGAGUUAACUCCUGCUUUUCAGAAAUUGUGCCUGUAUCCGCGGAAACUGUUGAUUGUUCCUAAUGAAACGUUUCCUGCAAAGCGAAAGAUUGGUGUUCCUCCUCCGAUGGAACCGAUUGAAAUACAGGACACCUCUCAUAUGAGUAACUUCGUGCAUCAGUUGUACAUAAGUAAUAUGGAGCAAAUGAAAGAAAACUAUAAGUUACAUAUGAAGGAGUUUUUCAACGCAAGAAAGGCUGCUCUUGAGGCGGAGCUUGCUGCAGAAGCGGAGGCUCGGGCUGUUGAAGAAGCAAAAACAGAGGAGGAGAAGGGUGUUCCUGAGCCAGUGGAGGCGGGUUCUCAAGAAACUAAGAUAGUUUUCGAAAGUAUGGAUUUUGAAAGGCAAGAUCCAAGUGUUCUUGGAAAGUAA